AUGGCCCGGAAACCGGCCAACUUGGCAAUAGCUGAGUAUGACAAGGCCGGAAACCUGAAAGCCAAGUUUAUUCAGUCGGCUCCGGGUGCCGGACCUUCGAGGGUCGACAUCCUGCUUCCUACGAUACGGAAGAAGCCUUGGCGGAAGGUGCUUGACAUCUUCCUACCAGACGGCUAUCCUAACAGUGUGACGGAUGAUUAUGCCGCCUAUCAAAUCUAUGACUCAUUCCAGGCGUUCGCGGGCACAAUUGCCGGAAUGAUAUCUUCACGUGCCGUUUGGGAAGGUAUGGGAGUUGGUGAUUCUUUAGCCUCUCCUACUGGGGCCAUGAUGGUCCAGGUGAUUCGAGAGUCAAUGGGAAGAUUUGGUACCAUCGCUUUCGCCCAUCUGAUGGGAACAUCAAUAGAGGCCGAGUGCAAGGCCUACCGCAUGGCAUCCGAUGUGCUUUGCAGUAUCGCGUUCAUUAUCGACUGUCUAUCUCCGAUGUUUCCCAGACACAUCAGAUUCAUGGUUCUGUGCUUUUCGAGUAUACUGUUCUCGGCCAGCGGCGUUGCUGGAAAUGCAUCCAAAAGCAGUCUGAGUGGUCACUUUGCCCAAUGGAAUAACCUGGGCGAGCUCAAUGCUAAAGACGCAAGCCAAGAGACAGCAAUUUCUCUUAUGGGCAUGAUCACCGGCACUCUUGUCAUUUCUUGCUUGACAACUCCGACAGCUACCUGGACCACACUCUUCAUUCUGAUCGGCAUCUACCUAUUCCUCAACUGGAAAGGCGUCAGAGCCGUCAAGUCCCGCUCUUUGAAUCGACAAAGAGCAAACAUUGCUUUCUCUGCGUUGCUUUCAAAAGAUCAAGUUCUCACACCGAAGGACAUCUCGGAAAAAGAGCUCAUUUUUGAGAGGCGCGGCGGCGAAGUUCUCCGAUGGAACGCGGAGACGAUUCUCGGACACUGCAAGUUUGGGGUGCCACUUGAAUCUCUUCUGCAAAGUUUGGCCAAUGGCCAGCAGGCGAUGAGGUCUUUCCAACUUCCGACAGUCGAUCUUUCCCACCUCAUGGAGCUUUUCGAAAAGCAACAAUACAUCUUGUGGUGCCAGCUACCCGAGACGGCGUCAUAUGACGCGGCAUCCAAGACCAAGGUAGUAGUUGUGCUCAAGAACGGUGUUUCUGCAAGGUCGCAACUGAAAGCUUGGUUCCACGGCCUCUUACUGGCCAAACACCUCAACAGCCUGGAGGAAUCCGAGCUGUCGGAAGUCCAGCUGAAGCAGCACCUCAUGCUUGGGCAUAUUGAGGCGACUCUACGCGUUGCCAACGAGGAAUACGAAAAAUACGCGAGACGGCUUUCGAAGAAGGGCUGGAAUCUGGAAGUUGCCGUUCUCGAAACCCGCUCGGGUUCUCGGAUCCUGCAAGAAUUCGACGAUGAGGAGGAGGAGGAGGCCCGUUGA